CCUACUUUGCGUCACUUUCUUACAUAAGUUCUUAGCACACGAUCUUCUCCUUUUCUUCUCAUCAUCAUUUACUUGAUACUUUUUGGUUCCUUGGCCAGCUGUCAGUCAUGACACCCCUCGACCGCCCUCUGGCCCGCCCAUGGUAUGAAGACUAUUCGGAGGAAGAGAUUGAACGCGAUGAAAACGAUGAAAUAAUUAUACCCCGGCACAGAGUCCUUGACUUGUACGAGCUCCUUGGUGUCGAUGACAAAGCGACUCAAGACCAGAUCAGAGCUGCCUAUAAGAAGAAGGCGCUGAAGCAUCAUCCUGACAAGGCACCCCCGAGCAAAAAAGAAGAAGCAAACACCAAAUUCCAACAGAUCGCCUAUGCCUACGCCGUCCUUUCCGAUGAACGUCGCCGCGAGAUAUUCGAUCGCACCGGUAGCACAGAGGAAGCCUUGCAAGAAGAUGAUGGAUUCGACUGGAUGGAGUUCUACCGGGAGCAGUUCGCGACCGCCAUCGACGUCGAUGCGAUCGACAAGCUCAAGCAGGAAUACCAGGGGUCUGAGGAAGAGGUCAACGAUAUACUGCAGGCCUAUGAACUUCACCGGGGCGAUAUGGAUAGAAUCUACGAGUCAGUGAUGCUGUGUAAUGUCAUUGAUGAUGAUGAGCGAUUCCGUGCCAUCAUUGACUCGGCUAUUGCGGAUGGAAGGGCCCAGGAGUACAAGAAAUACACAGAGGAGCCGGUCAAGAAGCGUCAAGCCAGAUUGAAGCGGGCACUGAAGGAAGCGAAGGAGGCGGAACAAUUGGGCAAGGAGAUCGAGGAGAACAAGUCUAAGACGGGUAGGAAGAACCAAGGGGGCAGGAAGAAGAAGGGUGACCCCGAGGACGUGGGUGACUUGGCUGCGAUGAUUAAACAGCGAAACCUCUCCCGUCUUGACGUCCUCUGCCAUCAACUGGAGGAGAAGUAUGACGUGGACAGUAAGCUUAAUCCUCUGGAGCCGAGGAGGAAGCGGAGGUCGAGUCCGCCUGAGGAGGCCUUCAAGGCUAUGGCUGCGCGUGGGGAGAAAAAGAAGAAGCAGAAGAGGACCAAGGGGUGAGGCGUGUUAUCCUUGGGUGGAUUGUCUCUUUAUGCGUUAUUUUUUUAUCACUACUACUUAUCUUUGAGGUUGGGAGUUCAGGUCAUGUAGGGACAGAGCCCUUUGCAGCAUGGUACAUUGAGUGAUUUGGCAGUCAGGCAUGGGAAUGCAUUGUUUUGUUUUUUUGUUUUUCUUCUGUUUUUCGUUCAAUUUCUUUUUCACAUUGGGUUUUAUUUCUGAAUUCUGGCACUUUGCUACCAUUGAGUGCCCAAUACACAGUAGUAGUGCUGGCAGUAAUAAAACAGACAUAC